CUGGGCACUUCCCCAGCCAGACUAUCCAUGAUGGGAGCAUAUAGGGUAGGGCUGCUACUGACACUGCUGCUCUGUUCUAUGUGUCAGGAAGCCCAUAACCUGAUACCCAAUGAGAAAUUAGUUGCCCUUGCUGGACCAAUACCAAGCAAUUUUUUUGGGCAAUUGAAUGAGGGAAAUGAAGCUGGAGAUAUUGGUUGCCAUGAUGUCCUUUUGCAGAAACUUAGAGACCAGCUGCCAACUCUGCACCAAUAUGGGGCCACCCAUUAUAAGCUGAACCUACAGUGGGCUGCCCUGUUCCACAAGGGCUAUGAUCAGACAGGGCAGGUCCAGUGCUAUCGCAGUCUGCUCCAGCUCCUGGUCAGUGAGAACAUUAAACCUGUGGUCAUUCUGCAAGGAGAGCGCAGCAGUGGUCUCUUGCUUUCUGCUAGCAGUAGCCAAGUCGGCAGUGACUUAGCCAAUCAGUAUGUGGCCCAUGCCGACUUUGCCUUCAAUGUGUUUGGUGAUUUGGUUCAGACCUGGAUUACCUAUGAUGUCCCCACAGGACAAAGCAGAGAGGUGCCUCCUGAAGGCCUGAAGACCCUGCUCCAUGCCCAUGAGAGAACCCAUAACUUGUACAGAGGCAAAUACUCUUCCAAAGGUGGAAAACUGUCUGUUGCCAUUGAACCGGCCUUGCUGGAGCCAUGUCUGUCCCUUCAACCACAUUACCGGGACUUGGUAGAUUUUGUUGCUCUGAAGAUAAACUACAGUUGCAGGAAUGGAAUCAGCUUGGAAAAUCCUCACGGGGAACAGAGUAUCUGGAAGGGACUACCAGUUCUGGUUUUCCAGCUGAAGGUUGACUGCUCUUCCAUAUCAGAAGAAAGUAAAUAUCUCCCAACCUAUCAAGUUGCUGCAGAUCUGAGUAACACCGGGGUGGUGUUUCUGGGGUACGACAUCAGUGCCUUUGUAGACUAUUCACCUAUCACUAAGGAAAGGGUGGAACUAGGAGCAGGGAGAUCACCAUCCUCAAGUCUAAUCGCCCCUCGUUCAUCCUACACUACAGUCUGGGACAGAUUUGCUAACCAGGCCCCGACUGAGAGAGACUCCUUCUUGCAAGAUGUGUUUCCCAAUGGUUUUUGGUGGGGUUCAUCUACUGCUGCUUUCAAAGUGGAAGGGGGCUGGGCAGAAGAGGGAAAAGGAGAAACAAUCUGGGACAGGUUUGGCCAUGAAAACAUGGCUGCACAGAAUUCAACUGCCAAUGUGGCCUCCGACAGCUACCAUAAAAUUGACUAUGAUGUCUAUCUCCUCAAGGGUCUGCAGUCUGGUGUGUACCAGUUCUCUAUCUCGUGGUCCAGAAUCUUUCCAAAAGGGGUAAUAUCCAAGGAGAAUAUAAAGGGGGUGGAAUACUACAAUAAGCUAAUCAACAGCUUGAGAGUAGCAAACAUCGAACCAAUGGUUACUUUGUUCCACUGGGAUUUGCCCCAACCUCUUCAAGACCUUGGGGGAUGGACAAACGAGAGCAUCAUUGAUGCCUUUGUAGACUAUGCUGAUUUCUGUUUUAGCAGUUUUGGAGACAGAGUCAAACACUGGAUCACGUUUCAUGAACCGUGGGUCAUCAGCUAUGCAGGUUAUGGCACUGGGCAGCACGCCCCAGGGAUUAAGGACCCUGGAAACGCUUCUUACAAGGUGGCCCACAACAUAAUCAAAGCUCACUCAAAAGCUUGGCAUUUGUAUGACGGCAAAUACCGUGCCCAGCAGCAGGGUAAAGUGGGAAUCUCUCUCAACUCAGACUGGGCCGAGCCAGCAUCCCCUACUAAUCCAGCUGACGUUGAGGCAUCUGAGCGAUACCUUCAGUUCAUGCUGGGCUGGUUUGCACACCCUAUACUAGUCGAUGGUGAUUACCCAGCUGUUCUCAAAGCCCAAAUACAGAAAAAGAACCAACAGUGCCCUGGGAUAGUCUCCCAACUGCCCACCUUCACUGAGGCAGAAAAAUCCAGCAUACGAGGCACUGCAGACUUCCUGGGCAUUUCCCAUUAUACCUCCAGGCUGGUGAAUGCAUCUGUUAGUGCAACCUGUGUCACUGAAUAUGACAGCAUUGGGGAUUUUAACCCUUAUGUGGACCCUUCAUGGCCUGUGACCUCCUCUCCAUGGAUCUCAGUGGUUCCUUGGGGGAUCAGGAGGCUGUUGAACUAUGUGAAAGAGGAGUAUAUCACUGGUGGUCUGCCAAUAUACAUAACAGGAAAUGGGAUGCCUACUGCACAUGAUGUAGAGCUGUACAAUGACCCAAACAGAGUGGACUAUUUAAAGGCCUACAUUAAUGAGGUCCUGAAAGCUGUCAAAACUGAUAAUGUGGCUGUCGAAGCUUACAUAGUCCGCUCCCUCCUAGAUGGAUUUGAAGGCCCCCAGGGUUACAGCCAGAGGUUUGGGUUACACCAUGUGGAUUUUAAGAAUGGGAAUAGGCAGAGGACCCCUAAGGAAUCAGCGUAUUUCUUCCACAGAAUUAUUGAAAACAAUGGCUUCCCUAUGACAAAGAAGACAAAUGUUGUGCCAUCAAAUUCAAGAUGGCCGUUAGCAAAGAAGUUACCUGCCCUGCCUUCUUCUGAAGUUCCUUCAAAGGCCAAACUUGUAUGGGAAACAUUUUCAGGGCAAACUGAUUUUGAAAGAGAUAUGUAUUUUUAUGGCACCUUUCCAAGUGACUUCCACUGGGGGGUUUCAAGCUCAGCCUAUCAGAUUGAAGGUGGAUGGAAUGCUGAUGGGAAAGGGCCAAGUACAUGGGACACAUACACGCAGAUUCCUGGGAAUAUUUAUAAUAAUGACAAUGGGAACAUUGCCUGUGACAGUUAUAACCAAGUGGACUCAGAUGUGUACAUGCUGAGGUCCUUAGGAGUGACAAGCUAUAGAUUCUCCUUGUCUUGGUCUCGGAUCUUCCCAACUGGCACCGGCACGCCCAAUGAAAAAGGGGUGGAUUAUUACAACAGACUUAUCAACAAACUUGUAGAAAACCACAUUGCACCAAUGGUGACACUUUAUCACUUUGACCUGCCCCAAGUUCUCCAGGAUAUAGGUGGUUGGGAGGCCGACACAGUGCUUGAUGCAUUUCACAGCUACGCUGACUAUUGUUUCAAGACCUUUGGAGAUCGGGUGAAAUUUUGGAUGACUUUUAACCAACCCCACACUAUUGUGACAGCUGGGUAUGGUCUGGGGUCAAUGCCACCUGCAUUAAAAGAUGACCCAGGAUCUGCUCCUUACAGGGUAGCUCAUAAUCUUUUGAAAGUCCAUGCUAGAGUUUACCAUACCUAUGACCAGCAGUAUAGGGCAAGUCAAGGUGGUGUUAUCUCUUUAAGUCUCAACACAGAAUGGGCAGAACCCAAAAACCCCAAAGACCCAAGAGAUGUGGCAGCAGCUGAUAGAUACUUACAGUUUUCACUGGGUUGGUUUGCCCACCCCAUAUUCAAAAAUGGUGACUACCCAGAUGCCAUGAAGUGGCAAGUGGCCAAUAAAAGUGAGUUACAGAACCUAAAAUCUUCCAGGCUUCCAAGCUUCACAGAGGAGGAAAAGGCCUACAUCCAAGGAACGGCUGAUGUCUUCUGCAUAAACAUUUACACUACAAAAAUAGUUCAGUAUAAAACAGUAUCCCUAAACCCGCCCUCUUUUGAAAGAGACAGGGAUACAGUGGAAGAAGUCAACAUACACUGGCCAACAAUACCCUUUCUAGAUCACAGAGCAGUGGCAUGGGGGUUACGUCGGCUUCUUAACUGGGUGAAGGAGGAGUAUGGAAAUGUUUCAGUCUAUGUCACGGAGAAUGGAGAUGCAACAGAUGAUGUACCACCAGAUUAUGAUGACACCGCACGGAUCUUUUACUACAAAACCUAUAUUGAUGAGGCAUUAAAAGCUUACAGACUGGAUGGUGUAAACCUAAAAGGCUAUGCACCCCGCUCCCUCAUGGACUCCUUUGAAUGGAAAUCGGGCUACAGAGUAAGGUUUGGCUUGCAUUAUGUGGACUUCAAAGAACCCAGCCGCCCCAGGACCGCAAAGCACUCUGCUAUCUACUACGCCCAAGUCAUACGCAACAACGGGAUCCCACAGGACAGGGAGUUAGAGUUCUUGUAUGGGGAGUUCCCCAAGGACUUUGCAUGGAGCGUGGCCUCUGCAGCCUUCCAGAUUGAAGGAGGCUGGAGAGCAGAUGGGAAAGGACUGAGUAUCUGGGACCAGUUUACACACUCGCCAUCCAGAAUCGAAGAUGACAGUAAUGGAGAUGUAGCCUGCAAUAGCUACAACAAGAUGGAGCAGGAUUUGGAAAUGCUGAAGAACCUUAAAGUCUCACAUUACAGAUUUUCGAUAUCUUGGCCAAGAGUCCUCCCAGAUGGAACUGUGCAGUCUUUCAAUCAAGCUGGUCUGAAUUAUUACAUCCGUCUGAUAGAUGCUCUUUUGGCUGCCAAUAUAAUACCCCAGGUAACCUUAUAUCACUGGGAUCUUCCACAAGCCUUACAGAAUGUGGGUGGUUGGGAAAAUGAAACCAUGGUGCAAUGGUUUAAAGAGUACGCAGACCUUAUGUUCCAAAAACUGGGAGACAAAGUCAAGUUCUGGAUAACAUUCAAUGAACCGUACAUUAUUGCCCUCCUUGGCUAUGGCUAUGGCAACUUCGCUCCAGGUGUUAAUGAAAGAAUAGGAACUGCUCCCUAUGUAGUAGGCCACAAUGUUAUCAAGGCUCAUGCGGAGGCGUGGCAUCUGUACAACGAUAAGUACAGGGCCACACAAGGAGGCCUCAUCUCUAUCACAGUCAACUCCGACUGGGCAGAGCCAAGGAACCCCUACAAUCAGGAGGAUGUGGAGGCCGCUAGAACAUAUAUGUCGUUUUUUUGCGGCUGGUUUGCUGAUCCCAUUUUCCAUGGAGAUUACAAUGAGGUCAUGAAAUCCAGGAUCCUGGAGAGAAGUUUGGGUCAGGGGCUGACAAAAUCCAGACUCCCAGAAUUCACAGAGAGCGAGAAGCAAAGAAUUAAGGGAACCCAUGACUUUUUCGGGCUCAAUCAUUAUACCUCUGUGCUCACAGCGCCCCUGAACUUCCCAGAAGGAGACCCAACAUAUGACGCAGACAGAGGUACAUCUGUGAUCAGCGAUCGGACUUGGCUCGGUUCCGGCUCCAACUGGCUGAGGAUCACUCCAUUUGGUUUGAGAAGGUUAUUAAACUGGAUUAAAGAAACCUACAACAACCCUCCUAUUUAUGUAACAGAAAACGGUAUUUCAGAACGCGGGACCAAUCUGAAGGAUGUAUGGAGGGAACAUUACUACAAAUAUUAUAUCAAUGAGGCACUGAAAGCUGUCAAGUAUGAUGGAGCAGACCUCAGGGGUUAUGCAGCCUGGAGCCUGAUGGAUAACUUUGAGUGGGCAGCAGGAUACACAGAAAGGUUCGGACUGUAUUACGUUAACUUCACAGACCCCAGUUUGCAACGUAUCCCUAAGGACUCUGCAAAAUACUACAGAUCUCUGAUUCAGUGCAAUGGUUUCCCAGACCCCAAAGAUGGCACACCUCCUUGUCUCCAGCCUGAACCUGAAGGCACUACAGCUAAAACGACAGUUGACCAAUCAGGUGUUACUACAACCCAACCUUUACAAGGAGAUGAAGAAACAGUUUCCUUUCUUGGGAUGGGAAUCUCAGCUGCAGAUGCUCAGAUCGCCCUAUAUGUGGAAUUUGCUCUCAUGAUCGCUGGCGUUUUGGGGAUUAUAUUAUUUGCUGUCCUAUACAGCAAGUUAGCCAAAAAAUCAAAGUCAGCUAAUUUAUUUUAAUUGCCCGCACCCAGGACUGGAAAAUUCUAGAACAGUUUUCAAAGUUCUGCUGAUUUUUACAGGAAAUGCAAAUGAUCCUUGUGUCGAAGCAGAAAGUGAUGGCACCGCCUAAAACAUAGAAUUUUGGCAAUGUUGAUAGAAUAUUAGUCCACACAAACUCCUCUGUUUAUUUGUAAUAAAAAAUUUACUUAAUUUGGCCUUUAAAGUGACCUUAAUAUUGAGAUGUACAUUUACAUUUAUAUUAAAAAUGUUGUUUACAGUU